AUGGCUAUUAUCUCGUGGACAAGCGUGGUGGCCUCUCUGGCCAUACAGGCUAGUGGACAUACUCUUCUGCAAAACCCGAUUCCUUUUCCCAGCCAGCUCAAAGACAAUGGCCCAAUGAACAAAGAUGGCUCAAAUUGGCCAUGCAGCGGAGAGAAGGAGUUUGACCCAAACGGCAUCAUGAACAUAUGGGAUCGCGGUUCAACGCAGCACAUACAUGCCAUGGGAGGUGCGUCUCAUGGGGGCGGAUCCUGCCAGAUCUCCGUGACCUACGACCUCAAGCCGACAGUCAGAUCCACCUGGCGCGUCAUCCACUCCAUCCAGGGCGGCUGCCCCAUCCGCAACCUGACCGAGACCAACUACGGCGACAGCGCGACCACCCUCCUGCCCGACAUCUACAACUUCACCAUCCCGGACUGGCUGCCCCUCGGCAGGGCCGUCAUGGCCUGGACGUGGUACGGCCGCUGGUCCGUCCCCGAGAUGUUCAUGAACUGCGCGCCCAUCAUGGUCCUCGGCGGCCGGGGCCCCGACAUGCUGCUCAGCGUUGACAUCAGCCGGGACGACAGCGAGCUGAUGGCCAAGUGGAACCAGGCCCCGCUCAUGUUCGAGGCCAACAACGGCAAUGGGUGCUGGACUGCCAACCAGGGCAGCUGCGUCGAGUUCCCCGAGCCGGGCGACUCGCUUGAGGUCAACCAUGAGUGCCCCAUCGAUCGCGAGAAGAUGUUCACUGGGACUUGCGGCCCAAGGCAGAGGCUUGCUGAGUUAUAUCGGCCCGGCUUUGAUGGUUUGCCGUCAGGCCUGUCACAGAGGCCGUUCUUAUCAAUCUUUGCCAUCAUGGUCGCGGCGCUACUGUUUGCGUCGGUGUUGACGGUAGUUCUCAAGCGGAAAAGGGGUGUUGUGUAUAGGAAGAUCUCACAGAUCUAA